CGUUCUUCCAACUACCCACCCACCGCAUUCUCUCAAUCUCUCGUCCCACUUCUUCCCGAAGAUCACGCUGAGCUUCUCGUAGCGCUCUUGGACGUGAUCUCGUCGUUGGCAGCACAUGGUGAGGCGAACGGGUCUAGUGGUGCCAGGUUGAGCAUGAUUAUAGGACUGUGGCUGGUUGCGGCGAGUAGGAGCGAGAGCAGGGAUGGAUGGGCGAGUUUCUAUGAGCGGUGGGAGAAGGCGGGGAGAGUGUUGGAACAUCUAUUCUUGGCCAGGAUUAGGGAGGAAGCAUCAAACCACAAGAUGCCCCGCCGCCUCACCGAACUCGUCGAACAAUACCCCUAUGCGAAGUACGCGUCACCAAACCCGUCCGGCGACAUUGCCCUCCUCCCACGAACCCGCUUCUCUACCCGUCGCUACGACGCCCUCUUCGUCCGCCUCGAGACCCAAAUCUCAGGGAUCACGAAACCUAAGGCUUAUUUCCCUAUCCAGAUCAUUCAGGAAGCGUUGAGGUCUACGUAUGAGAGUACGGCUGGGGAUCAGGCCGGGGUCUGGGAGGUUAUCCAGAAGUUGGCGAGGAGUGAGCAGGAAGGUGCGGCGGCGGAG